AUGGGCAAUUACCCUAAGGGCGAAGAGGUUGAGUAUAAUAACGACAACCUCUUGCGCACUACUGAUGAAGAAAAACGUCAUGUAGAGAGUCUCGGCAGCGACUUCCUCUCGGACUACCGCCAGGCGGCUGAAACUCAUCGUCAGGUCCGCCAGUGGGCACAGAGAAACAUCAAGCCGGGUCAAACACUCACCGAGAUUGCCAACGGCAUCGAGGACAGUGUGCGGCGUCUACUCGGCCAUGACGGCUUGACUGAAGGUGACUCCAUCAUUGCCGGCAUGGGCUUCCCGACCGGAUUAAACAUUGAUGAGAUUGCUGCUCAUUACAGUCCAAAUGCGGGUGAUAAAGUUGUCCUCCAACAAAAUAAUGUCAUGAAAAUUGACAUUGGCGUCCAUGUCAAUGGUCGCAUCGUGGACAGCGCAUUCACAAUGGCAUUUGACCCCAUGUACGACAACCUCCUCGCAGCCGUCAAAGAUGCUACAAAUACUGGCGUUCGUGAGGCUGGAAUUGAUGUUCGCCUCGGGGAACUGGGUGGAUACAUUCAAGAGGCCAUGGAGAGUUAUGAAUGCGAGAUCAACGGUGCGACAUAUCCAAUCAAGUCGAUUCGCAACAUAGGCGGCCAUACAAUUUUGCCGUAUCGCAUCCACGGCACGAAAAGCAUCCCAGCUGUCAAGUCAGACGACAUGACCAAAAUGGAAGAGGGUGACAUCUUUGCCAUUGAGACCUUUGGAAGCACUGGCAACGGUUGGGUUUACGAUCAGGGCGAUGUCUCGCACUAUGCCCUGCGCGCAGAUGCGCCCAAGGUGGACUUGCGCUUGUCUUCUGCCAAAUCACUCUUGAACGUGAUCAAGAAGAAUUUCCACACGAUUCCAUUUUGCCGACGCUACUUGGAUCGGAUUGGACAAGAAAAGUACCUCCUCGGUCUUAACACUCUUGUGAAGUCGGGCAUCGUCGAAGACUAUCCGCCUCUGGUCGAUAAGAAAGGGUCUUACACGGCCCAAUUUGAGCAUGCAAGUAACCAUUGA